AACCACAAGGAACAAAGUUCAGAUGUCAACCAAAUAUCAACACAUGGGGUUUGCAAUGACAUUGCUCAAUAGAACAUCAUGACAUUGCGUUAUGAUUAGAAACGUUUUAGAAGAAAGGACCUCGAUUAUAAAAGAAAUAUGGCGAGUUCUAUGGUGGCUGUGGGCCUAACAUUGGCUGCUGCCGGAUUUGCAGGUCGCUAUGCCAUGCAAGCCAUGAAACACAUGGAGCCUCAGGUUAAGCAAGCUAUGAAGAGUUUUCCGGUAGGUGCUUUUGGCAGUCCGUACUACAAGGGUGGGUUUGAUCCAAAAAUGACCAAGAGGGAGGCUUCUUUAGUACUAGGAGUCAGUCCGACAGCAAACAAGACCAAGAUAAGAGAAGCACACAGAAAGCUAAUGAUUUUAAAUCAUCCAGACAGAGGUGGAUCACCAUACAUUGCUGCAAAGAUUAAUGAAGCAAAGGAUUUACUUGAUGGACAAUUAAAGAAAUCAAUUUAGUUUCUAUAACUUGAGAGGGUGGUUUUGGGUUGAAUGUGUACUGCUAUGUAACUGUACGACCAUUAAAUAUCAUGUGUUAAACGUAA